AUGACCAUGUUCACAAUCGUCCAACGUGCCCUCCCGCCACUGUCUCUCCCCUGGCGACGCCGGAGUAGCCUCAAAGGCAAAGACCCAGAGACAGAAUUCGAUCUGAGUAACGACGGCACCAACACCGACCUGGACGGUCCAAACGCCGAACACAAUGCGUCCGCAGACCUGCACAGUGACGUCUCAACAGCAAGUCCCCUGCAGGCCCAUCUAGCGGUGAGAGACGAUGCACGCGAGUCUGCAGAAUUCCUUCAGUCAAUAUGUGCCACUCCGGAUAAUAUGUCUGAAUUGGAGUCGGAUUCGAGUUCCGCGCGCCGCUCGCAUUCUACGGACAAGGCACGUUUGGUGCGGGCUGAGCUUGCCCGUGCUGUUAGUUGGGCGAGUAUUGUCCGCAGUCAAUGCCGGUGGACUUUCGAGCAGGAGAAGGAGCUCUUGCAUGCGCAGAGGCAGCUGGCGAGAUGUCAGAAGGCCUGGAGCUCGGAGCAGGAGUUGUGGUUGACUUGUGUUCAAGCGCUGAGCGAAGAAAAAGAAUCUCACGUGGAUUUCCUCUCUCUGCGACAUAAACAACAAGAUGAAGAGCAAGUGCAAUUUCGAAAGGCCUGGAAGCGACGACGAUCAUCGUCCGGAGAUGAAGAGGUGCAGAAGAACGCCACCGAGAAUUUUAAUCGAUCAGGUAAAUUACGUCGCUUGCAGCGGUAUGGCUAUUUGGGGCCCCGGUUGGGCACGACCGGAUCGACGCCUGUCGCGGUUAGGGCGUAG